AUGUCGAAAGCUUACAGAGAAGCGCUCAUGGAGAAGGCUCGGCUUGCUGCCAAAGACUACGCCGAAGCAUUCAAGAUUGUGGGGCGCUACUGCAAAAAUAAGCCCAUCCGAGCGCUCGCUAUGGCUGGCACAGCCUACGGUGCAUACUACAUCUCGAAUGAAGCACCCGAUCGCAGGCACUAUGUGUCCAGUGUUACCAAAUGUCAAGAUGAAAUCAUCCUAAUGCCACCGACACAGCGCAAGCAGUCGGCUAUUGAAUACAUUCAGCAAAACCAGGCUAGUCUAUACAUGUUUUUGCAUAUGCUUUAG